GCGUGUCUUAAUUGUCAGUCUUGACGGAAACUCUCUCGUGCUUAAAUAGCGCUCGCCUCUCGCGCUCUCGGGUUGAAGUCACUGACGUGUCUCUGUGUCUGUGCCUCGCGCGUGUGUUUUCCCGGUGCUCGUGCUGUCUCUCUCUCUCUCGGUUACCUGUCUGUCACCUGUCUGUCGGUCACCUGUCGGUUACCUGUCGGUCACCUGUCGGUCACCAUGCAGGUGUGUGCGGCGCUGCUCGUGUCCAGCGCGGCGCUGCUGCUGCUCCAGGGAUGCUGCGCGGCCGCGCGGGGAUGGAGGGUACUAAAGAACGACGGCACGGAGCUUUUACCGGAGUACAGCACGCGGACAGCGCGGGAGGAGGCGGCAACACCGCCGACCGACAACAGCAACAGCAACAGCAACAGCAACAACAGCAACAGCAACAACAGCAACAGUAUGAAUAACAGGCCGAAAAACGGCGGGAGGACCGCGAACACAGUCACCUACAGUGCCUCGGAGCUGAGCUGUAGGGAGCUGCGUUCCACCCGUUAUAUCACCGACGGAUCUUGCCGCAGCGCCAAACCCGUCAAGGAGCUGGUGUGCUCGGGCCAGUGCAUGCCCGCGCACCUCCUGCCGAACUCCAUCGCUCGCGGCAAGUGGUGGAGGAGUAACGCCUCGGACUACCGCUGCAUCCCGGCUCACUCCCGGACGAGGAGGGUGCAGCUGCAGUGUCCCAACGGCAACACUCGGACUUACAAAAUCCGCGUGGUCACCUCGUGCAAGUGCAAACGCUUCAGGCCCCACCACAACCAAUCGGAGGCCAAGGAGGUCCCGAAGAGGCAACGCAACAAGAAGCAGCACAGUCGUUCGCCUCAGGACAGGAGCAAGAACAACACGCCGUUGACGGGCAACUCGUACUGAUGCUCCUCUUUGAGCAUCCGCACACACAUGCACACACACACUAUACACGACACACCAAACAACACGAUGUCUCCUUCGAAUAGGGAGGAGACGCAGAUUCAGAGAGAGCGAAUUCAUAAGCUAACUGCUGGGCUGGUGUUAAGUCUUUAUGUUUCAGCCACUUUCAGCAUUUUUUUGUGAACGUUGCUUGUUUGCAUGAGCUGGUCAGGAGACGUAGCACCGAGUAUCUGAUCACCCCACACACACAAAAAAAAAAAACCCAAAACCCUCCCUGAACUUUGGCUCCGUCCUCUGCUCAAACAGAUUUCAUUUAAAGCGUAAUGAGAAGUCCUCCCCGCGGCUCCGAGCCCCAUCUGUGCAAACAUCCAGCGGACGCACCGCGGCCCCCCGUUUAAAGCUGAAAAGGUGUAUCCUCGCUCCAAACUGGUUGUAAUCCGUCUCCUUUGGGCCGUGAGUGGAGGAGAUGGUGGCAGCUCUGGGGGCUCCGACCGUGGGAUGUCGACAGGUUUCUGAGCGGCGCUGGCCGGCUCUCCGACAGCACACUAAAGGCCUCACUUGUCAAGUCGGGGCCCCUACGGCACGUCUCCACGCCGCAGCAGCAGCAGCCCCGACCAGGCCUGUCAGUUACAGUAGCGCCUUUCCCACGACUAGAUGCAGAGAGUCAGCGGGGUGGGGAGCGAGUUUUGUCAGGACUAACACCACCACGAGUGCACUGGACUGUCCUGUGACUCCUCUUAAUUACCUAAAUGAGCCCAUUCCUGUUAUUUGAGUCAUAGAAAGCCAUUUCCUCUAAGACGUAGUCAGUUCCUGUGCACAUGUGUGUAGGAGGCAUCAGAAAGCGGUGCGUGGUCGUGUUGUUCCCUAAAGGGCAGAGCGUUCUCCAGCACGCCCACACGGGAACGGGCCGAAUCGAGCAGCGAUCGAGCAUCCAGCAGCUCCUCGCUCCCAUCCACACUCUGCUGCUGCUCGCAGGCUGUAAAUAAACUCAGACAGGAAACACAGGAAUUAAAAAUAACAUAAAUGAGAACAAUAAUUUAUGGAUUGAAUCCGGCGAGGAAGAGGAAGUGGCGAUACCCAGUUUGUCUUGUCGGCCUCCUUCCUCAGCCGUGCCUCCUCAUGGAGAACGCUCGCCAUGUUUCCACAUAUUGUCAGCACCCCCGUUGUUUUUCCGCUCAUAUUGCUUCCUGAUUUUUUUUUGGUUUUUCUAAACUGAACAAAUGUUUGCUUCCAUUUUUUUUCUCCCAACCCUGAUUGUAAAGUUUGAAAUAGCAACUGGAAGACGCUUUUAUUUUUUUGUUUUGUUUUGUGCCGUGAGCUCGGAGCCGUGCGAUGCAUAACGUGAUUGUACAUAUCAUACCUGUGUGGCGCCUCCUCGCUUUGACGAGGUGGGGAGCAGUUGAAGAGGAGCCGGGAGGGGAGGGCUGUUUCCUUACAGACACAAAGAAGGACUGUUACAAAGAAUGAACUGCAUAUUUAUUUUUUAUUUCCACAUUUAAAUUAUUUAUGCAACCUUUUUGUAGUAAAUGAUAGCCAUUAUUGUCAUAUAGUAUGAUAGAGACUUUGGAAAUGAAAUACUGUACAGUACAUGAAUAAAGUAAAGGCAGAUAUAUUUGAAA